AUGGGUGCUAAAUUGCUCUUAACGGUUAUUGCACUCAAGGCCCAAGGCGCCCUGGCUUUACAGAACGCGCUACACGACCUGGAUCUCGACUUCUUCGUCAUGACCAGCUCCAUCUCGGCCGUGCUCGGCAACCUAGGGCAGAGCAGCUACAGCGCUGCCAACAGCUACCUGGACUCGCUGGCCAUGCAGCGCAUCGUGGCAGGCCAAGUGGCCACAUCGCUGGUUCUCCGCGUGCUCCUCACUGUCGAUGUGGUUUCUAAGAACGAUGCCAUUGAGAUUUCGAUAGAGCGCAAGGGUCGCGCUGGAGGCAGCAGCCGCCAACCGAACAAGCGAUAA